AUGUUGACCACCCAGAGGAGAUGGGCGCCGAGCAGCAUCCGGCGGAAAGUGUGGGAUGCUGCAUCUUUCUGCAGCGAUCCGCUGGUUGCCAGCGUUGGCUGGGCAGCUCUUCUCUCGGGCAUAACUGUGCUUAGGGUGGCGAUGGACGAUGACGAAGACACGCCGAGAUCAUUUCUCAAGAAGCGGAGGAGAAUGCGGAAGUUGCGCCAGGACUCGGCUCCCAUUGUUUGCCUCGGGGACAGCAUAACACGCGGCAACCUAUCCACAGACUGGGUGAGCUCUUUGAGGGAGGAGCUGAACCAAGGUUUGGUGUUGAACGCUGGCAUCAAUAUGCAGUGCUCCCAGAACAUCCAAGAGCGUAUUGGCGAGGUCAUUCAAUGCAAGCCCUCUCACGUCACAGUGCUUGUGGGGACCAACGACCUGAAAGCCGCCCUCUCGCCCGUGGAAGGAUUCAUGUAUCAAGUCUUCGGCCAGCUGCCAGAAGUUCCAUCGCUGGAGUCCUACGAAAGAACUCUACGAGACAUCAAGGAGCGUUUGAUCGACGCAGGGGCCAACGUUGCCCUCGUCUCUCCGCCCGUGCUGGGAGAGGACCACCAGUCGGAGGCCAACAAGAGAGCGGCCGAGUUUGCCUCCGUCGUCCGAAAGGUCGCCGAGUCCGGGGGUAAGAUGUGCACCUACCUACCACUCUUUGAGAUGACCUAUGCCGCCCUACCAAAGGGAAGGCUUGGAAGGCCCUACUGUGGGAUGAACUUCUUCGCCUGGUGUUGCCUUCUGUGCUGGGACAUGCACAUCCUGCAACGGGACCCUGCAGACAUUCAGCGAGAAAGGAACUUGGACGUGACUUUGGACUUGGUUCAUCUCGGGCCUGGGGCAGCAAAAGGGCUUGCGGAUAUGGUGCAGAACUUUGUGCGUGCCCAUCCAUCCCCACUUUCGGCUCCGCAGGUCAUUUCUGAUUUGCGUGCCCUUCCUAUGGAACCCUGA